CCCCUCGUUGCCCCUCUGAAAGCCCAAUCAGUUGGCCAAAUUGCGACAUGGACUUUCCCAUAGCUUAGCCCGACGCCAAAGGUUUGCUAGUCGAAGAUGAUGCGUGCAGAAACAGACCCAGCAGCAUCUAGCAGCAUUUCUAGCUCGAGCAUUGCAUCCGAAAAGAUAACUGAGCUUUUGGGAUGAUCAAGUAUGGCCAUGGAACGUGGGGGAUGCAGGUGCUUUGCAGGCUCCAAGGCUCAGUCGUUCCGAAGGCAUUGGUUUGGUCAGUGCCGUGUGCAUUGAUGAUGCUUAGCUCGAAGACUUCCUUUCUGAAUGUGUGUGUGUGAUUGUGAGUAUCACAGGAGCCGGUUCUCGUUCUUUUUGCGUUACUGUAAGGCGCAUGCAGUUUAGGAUUUGCAGUUUUGUCCAGUAAGCAGCCUGUGAGUCUUUGGCGAGCUGUAUCGCCACAGGACUACUCUUUUACACGUGUUUUUGCGGGACGCCAUGACAGAGACGAUUGGCACUGGAGGGGGCAUCGAGACCAUAUGGGCUGGAUAUACAUUCAUUCUUGGCUUCUUGAUUGUUUUCCGCAGCAACCAAGCAUAUUCUCGCUUUUGGGAGAGUGUGACCUUGACGCACAAGAUCCGGGGUCAAUGGACCAAUGCAUACAGCAAUCUGUUGGCCUUCUGCUCCACCGAUCAAGCUCGUGAGGAGGAAGUCUCCCACUUCAGGGAGUACUUGUUGAGAUUGAUGAGCUUGCUGCAUUGCUACGCACUCCAUCAGGUGUGCGAGAUGUCUGAUGAUAGACUUGAAGUUAUUGAUUUAAGUGGUCUGAGUCCAGACACUGUGGAUUUUCUGCAUUCAUGCACAAGCUCUGAUAGGGCUGAGACUGUCAUGUUGUGGAUUGAGCGGCUGGUGGUGGAAAAUGAUCAAAAGAAGCUGUUUGCAGUUGCGCCACCCGUCCUGAGCAGAGCCUUUCAGGAGCUCUCCGCUGGUAUGGUGAACAUAGCAGAACUGAAGAAGAUCGUUGAAGUUCCCUUUCCUUUUCCCUAUUCACAAUAUUUGUCUUUCAUGCUGGUCCUGCAGUGGUUGGUGAGCCCUCUGGUGGCCUGUCAACUGAUUUCAGAGUGGUGGUGGGCAGCAUCCACUGUCUGGCUCAUGUCCACCUCAUAUUGGACUUUGUUUUAUAUUGCGCAAGAGAUUGAUCAGCCUUUCGGGGAGGAUAGCAAUGACUUGCCAGUGGUUGAGCUGCAGCACGAGUUCAAUAAGAACUUGUUGCACUUGUCAUCGUCACAAUCCUAUGCACUUCCAGAUUUUGUGAGUGCCAUCGCGGUGAAGCGCACGACUUGUAUGAGCAUGGCACGGUUGACCUUGCAGAGUUCCAAACUUCAGGCAACUUCGAGCAGUGGUCCACUGUGCAAAGCUUUAGAGGAUCAGCUUCAACGAGAAGAACAAGUUGAAGAAGUCUUAGAACAAGAAAGAGAAGGUCGCCGGCCAAACAUGCGAAACAUGCCAGAGGCAGAAGAGGAGGAUUGUGCCAAAACCAUUGGCCAAGAGCCGCCGGCCCUCCCCGUCCUUGCCACUCACAAUAGCAGGAAUACCCUUCUGGGGCCUUGUGCAAUAGAGGCUGCAGCACAACGAGGAAUCCAGCCUGAGCAACCCAUUGAGCUUGAAAUCCUCCAAAGCCUUGUGAUGGAGCUGGCGGUUGAUUACAGCGAACCCGAGGACAUUCCUGCCCUCAUUGACGAAGCUCAUCAGCAACGGCAAACGUUGGCUGCAGCAUCGAUGGAGACCGUUGCGGCCCACCGGGUGGGCGGAAACGCGAUGUCCCUGAUAGAGCUGGUUCAACAUUUUCAAGACCUGGCCUUGGAAUUGGAGACCGGGGGCGGCGAGGAAAGACCUUUGGCUCGCGAAAAGAAGGACCUUGCUUUGGCAUACCUCCUUCAGUUGUUGACCGGGACUUUGAAGCGGCCACAUUCCGUGAGGAUCAACACCAUAUGAUGCGCAUGCUUUGCUCUCGUCCUUGGCGCCUUUCCAAAAUGCAGAGAUGAAAAUUUGUACUGCCAAAAGUUGCUGAUGCCGAAACGUCAAGGUAGGCCACAAUCUCAAGAUUGCUUGGAAGAAAUUGAAUAUAUAUAAUGUAUAUAUGUCUGGCGAUUGAGGUGUUUUUUGGGGUCAGCAGCCUGGCCAGCCAAUAUGGCCAGAUUUGUUGACUCGUUUCUCUCAAUCGUUUUCUUAAAACUAUUUGAUGUCAUUAUGUCAAAGGUCUGCGGAGAUGCCAAAGGCACAAUUUGACGAUCAAAGACCUUUCAUACCUUUUUCCAUCCUUUCCUGGACAUCGUCGAA